GUUCGUAAUGGCGACGAUGGCAGUCGAGGAGGGAGGCUUAGACAGAAUUCUUCACCUUCAAUGACAGUACAAAAGAUUGUUCCAGAUGGCCACAUUUGUUUCAUCCUUCUAAAGGUCAAAAAAUGCCAAACUCUGGAAUCCAGCUCCUGGGCUUCUCCCUGGCCUUCCUCGGCUUCGUUGGGACGAUAGUAUGCACGGCCAUGGUGGAGUGGAAAGCUUUGUCGAUCAUGGGGAGCAACAUCAUCACGGCUCAGGCGAUGUAUGAGGGUCUGUGGAAGAGCUGCGUGUGGCAGAGCACCGGGCAGAUUCAGUGUAAAAUCCACGACUCGCUCCUUCAGCUGCCACCCAACAUACAGGGGACCAGGGCGCUCAUGUGUGCAGCCAUCUUGCUCUGCUUCGUUUCCAUGAUGGUGACGGCGGUGGGAUUGGAGUGCACCGGCUGUAUGGCAGAACAACCGCAGCAGAAGUCCAAGGUGGCUGUGGUUGGAGGAGUGAUCUGCAUUAUAGCUGGUGUGAUUGCCCUGAUUGGAACAUCCUGGUACGGCCACAGAAUAUCCCAGGACUUGUACAGCCCAUUAUCUCCCAAUAACUCCAGGUAUGAGUUCGGCUCUGCCUUGUACGUCGGAUGGGGAGCGGCCUGCAUGUCCAUCAUUGGCGGGGGCUUCCUGUGCUGCGUGUGUUCAGACAGGGGCUCCUCUGAGAAAGACCGCCUCGUCCCUCCGUCCGGCUACGUGUGAGGAGGAGCUCUGGCUCUGCAGCCUCUGCUCAGGCACCAGUCCACCGGAAUAUACAGCACUAUGUCAAUAAACAGCAUGUUUUCUA